AAACUGUACGGCUGUCCUUCCUUUCCUCCCCUUCGACGAAACCGGCGGGCACUUUGACCCGUCACAUAUGUCAUUACAGAGAAAACGUGUUUCAUGAGCAAAAGCGAAAUGGUUCACCUCCACAUUCCGGUGCAGUCCAGGAAAACUGUGGCUAUUGCACAGCGUUAGCAUCAAAAGCAAUGUCUGGAAGUCCUGCUGUUGUUAUGCGACUGGUGGCCUCAGCCUAUGCUGUGGCUGAAAAGGCUGGGACCAUUGUACGGAAGGUCCUUCACAGUGGAGAACUUGGUAUUGUGGAAAAGACAGGCGCUAAUGAUCUGCAAACACUGGCAGACAGACUAGCACAGCAGAGCAUUUGUGCUUCACUGUCCAAACGUUUCCCCAAAAUCACCAUAAUUGGAGAGGAGGAUCUUCCUUCUGAAGUGAUACAGGAAGAUCUAAUUGAGACUGGCCAGUCAGAGGAAAUUCUUCAGAGAAGUUGUCCACCUGAGUACAGCCAGCUGAAAGAAGAAGAGAUAGUUGUGUGGGUAGAUCCUCUUGAUGGCACAAAGGAAUAUACUGAAGGGCUCCUGGAUAAUGUGACAGUGCUCAUUGGGAUUGCAUAUGGAGGCAAAGCCAUCGCAGGCGUGAUCAACCAGCCGUUCUACAACUACCAGCUUGGUGCAGGAACACAAUUAGGAAGAACCAUGUGGGGGAUGCUGGGAUUGGGCGCUUUUGGGUUCCAGCUCCAGGAAGUUCCAGGUGACAGACGGAUUGUCACCACCACCCGUUCCCAUAGCAACAAGCUGGUAACAGACUGUGUGGAUGCCAUGGAGCCUCACGAAGUUGUACGAGUGGGUGGUGCUGGAAAUAAGAUUAUCCAGCUUGUUGAAGGAAAAGCUUCUGCCUAUGUCUUUGCUAGUCCAGGGUGCAAGAAGUGGGACACUUGUGCUCCUGAAGCAAUCCUGCAUGCUGUUGGAGGUAAACUGACUGAUAUGCAUGGAAAUGCAUACCGCUAUGAUGCUAGUGUAAAGCACAUGAACUCUGCCGGGGUUCUUGCUACACUCCGUAACCACAAGUACUACGUCAGCAGAGUACCACAGUCAGUGCUGCAAGCUCUCAAGUCAGACUGAGGUCUGUCUUUAUGUUGUCAAAACAUACAGUGUAAAAUCACUGUUUUGUUUUUUUAUUAACCACAUUAUUUGACUGGUGUAUCUAAUUUUUAAAUGUAACUAGUAACAGCAGUUUUGAGGGUAUUCUGUGUUCCUGUGCCUAAAACAAAUCACCGUGAUUUCUGAGUGUCAGCAGACUAACCAAACUACCACUAUGAUCUGCACUAAUUUAAUGAAUCAGACACAAGUAUUAAAGCAGGCUUAACAGCACUUCCAUUUAUUUCACUCAUUUGAAACAAACUUGUACAAAUCUCAGAACAUCUUAACAUACGGUUUCUCAACUUGAAGACCAAUAGAUUUACAAGGCAAAAGGCAAGAUCUGAAGGUUAAAUGUUGGUUAGUGAGUUGGAAAUGAUGUACUGUACUUGAUUCGGUAACCACAAAGUCGGAACAGUCUAUACGUAAUGCAAUGCCAACAACAAACAAAAUGCAGGCAUCUUGACUUGAUACAUUUUACCCUCUUUUUACACACAGUAACAGAAAAUGCAUUCUGGACAGUGAAAGAGGGCAAUGGUCAAACCCCACUGCUGUGAAGAACAAACAUACAACUGAGCUGUGAACACUAAAAAUAAACUGACAACAACUAGUUAAUCCUGUAUUUGAAACCUCGUCUUAUAUCUAACAAGAUGCCGUGUUCUUCAUUUUCUUACCUUCUUUUUCUCUUUUUUCACACUGGCACAUCUGUCUACUUUUCUACACAUUUACUGUAUUUAUCAGACUAAAGGACACACACUCAAAGUGCUCUCUGAGCGGUGUGGGUCCAUGAUGUCUGGAUUUUUACUUCAGAAGCAAAAAAGGAACCAUUUACAAUGUUGCUUUAUCGAUAUUUUAUAACAAUAAUGGAAACACCCACUAAUGCUUGUUCAGUGAUGUGAGGGAUUAAAAAUGUACACAGUACAGUAUGAGUUGUGGAAAAAUGGACUUGAAACACUACGAGGAGCAUCGGCUUUAUACAAAUGCCCAACUAAAGAUUUAGCACAAGUUGGCAUCUUUUUGAAAUUAAGAGGCUUUAAUAGCCCCCUCACAUAAUUGUGCUUGCAUACAGCAAGAUUUCUAGCAAUAUUUAUUGCACUAACAUCAUAAAAGUCUGUGGAUUUUAUUGGCAUCUCCAUAGGAAGAAAACAUUCUUGAGUCGUAAGAAAAGUCUUAGCUGUCACAUUUAAAGAUAAAAUUCAACAUUAUGGGAAAUAUGCUUUGGCCGUACCUGCCAAGUGUGAAAUUCAUGGUGAAUUGAUUAACGGUUCGUUUGUUGUGUUGUUUGGGACUGUAGGUACAGCUAACAGAGCUCAGCAUAAAGACUGGAAUCAAGUGUCUAGCAUGACUAGCAGAGCUCAAAUACAACAUAUCAGCACCUCCAAAGCCCAAUAAUAUUAACAAGAACGUUAACAAUAUUUGGUUUAUCUGGACGAACAAAAAAAAAAACCCACACUAAUUUUAAAGGCGUUCUUUGAGUCAACUUUAA